CGAUUAGCAUUAGUUUCUUCAGAUUAGUCAAGCAAGAUAAUAAUUUCUGGAAUUUUCAAAAUUGGAAAAAUGAAGAUAAGUACAAUUUGGGCAAGCCUGGCUCUGCUGGCGGCGUUCAUAUUCGGAGUUUUUCAAGUGUCCAUCGCUCACUUAAACCCGGCCUGCAGUAAGAUACCGAUGACACCAGGAUGCACUCAUAAAGCGAGUCAAGUAACCCCUUCCGUCCCAUUGUGCCCGCUCCCCUUCAACGAAUGGUCCAUAGCUGCCCGCGCCGUGCCGGGCAACUCUCCCCGCCCCGGCGGCUCCAUCCCGCCCUGGUUCAAUCGGGCUCUUGCCCUUCGCGGGCAACAGGUCGCUUCGGAAUUCCGAGUGCCCUGGUACAUCUCCAUGUUUUUCGGCAUCCUCGUCGAACUCAACAUGCCCGACGUUCGGAACCCCCUCAUGUUCAACAAGAAGCAGACGACCGGCGCGGACAACGCGAAGCGCGACAUGGCCACCCUCAUGCAGGGCGUCGUCUGGACGCGAGACUACUUUCAUUCCAUGCCAAUCGAGGGAAACUCCUCCUUCAUCGAUUCCAUCCAGAACGUCCACGCGAUCCACACCGACGUCGCGCGGCGCGCGAACGCUAAAUUCGCGAAGGAAGGCUGCAUCGUGCCCCGACACGAGUACGCCAACCAAACGACGAAUGACGUUAUGUGGGACGCGUUCGAAUCUGAUUUGAAGAAUUCAAACAUCCCGGCGUCGCAACGUGUCCCGUCCCCCACGAACUGGCCGACCUGCCCGACCCCGACGGACUGCGGGGCGUGUAAAGCUUGCAAAAAAUGUGAACCUUGUAAAGGAGGCGGGGGGAAAUGUAAGACGAAAUGUACGGAAUGCGCGGGAUGUAAGGCGUGCAAGCAGAAGGCCGCGGCGGGUUGUGAGGAUCAGGUCAAGUCGUAUAAUUGCGGGGCGUGCAUGUGUGACGCGAAAAAGGGAAAUUGCGGGGAAUGUAAGAGUUGUACUAGCGCCCAGAAAUGUUUGAAUUUCGUCCCGCCAAUGUUCAAUCAGCAAUCGAUGCUGUUUGUGGUGUAUCUUUUUACGGCGUAUCCGGUUCUGUUUGGGAAGGAUUUGGCGAUUAGUGCGUGUGAGGCGGAUUUGUGGGCGUUUAAUCAUCUAUUUGCUGCGGUUGGCUACGGCCUGGGGAUCGAUGACAAGUACAACGCUUUACUUCAACCCGACAUCAAAUCGGCUAGGAUUUACUAUAAAAAGAUGCAUGAGGAGAUCGUCAUUCCGAGCUUGUUCCAAUUCAACAAACAGUCGAGACUCAUGAUGGAUAAUGUUUUCAAGGGUCUGUCCUCCCUAACACGAGAUCUUUUAUCGCCCACCUUUUUGCUGCAUCGUUUCGUCCACAACUUUUUGAACCAGCCCGCGCCUCGGCUGAAAGCGCUGAUGACCAAGAAAGAGCGGGAUCUUGACAGCACGUUGGAUUCCUACUUGCCCCAAUUCAUGAACAGCGCGAACUAUCGGAGCGUGGCAAACGGGGCGCUGCACGGCUUUCUGGCCACCACGACGAACACCUUGUUUAAAGGAAAUUGUAAAGAUGACAAGAUAUCUUCAAAGAAAUGUUUCGUCUAAUGUGGAUACAUUACAAUGAAUAAGGAGAAAAUUGAAAUGCUUGCUAAUUUUUGCAAAAUACGUAUACAAUUUCGAAAUUAAAUUUCCAAGUGAAGGUGUAAAUUUUAAU